UAGACCUUUCCAUGUUCCUUCUCUCGAGUUGAGUUUUUCUCCACGCACACAUAUAUAUAUAUAUAUGUAUGUAUUAUAUAUAAAGGGUGUUAAUUAUAAAGGAGGUCAAUCCAUCAACACUUUCCAGACGCAACUUUUCUUCCUGAUUCUUCCAUGUCGAUUUCUGGGAUUCAAGGCCAAAUUCUUGAGGUUACUGUUGUUGGGUGUAAUAAAUUGAAGGAUACUGAAUGGAUUUCAAGGCAAGAUCCUUACGUUUGUCUUGAGUAUGGUAGUAAUCGUGUUCGUACAAGGACCUGCACAGAUGGGGGGAAAAAUCCUGUGUUUCAAGAGAAAUUCAUGUUCACGUUGAUUGAAGGGCUCAGAGAGUUGCAUCUCGUGGUUUGGAACAGCAAUACCAUGACUUACGAUGAUUUUAUUGGUAGCGGGAAGGUUCAGCUGCAGAAAGUUCUUUCGCAGGGUUAUGACGACACUGCUUGGCCGCUGCAGACUAAAACUGGCAGACACGCAGGAGAAGUAAAGCUCAUACUGCAUUACCCAAAUGCCAACAAACCGGGAAAAUCUUCAGCUCCGUCAGCCCCAUCUUAUAUUUCACACCCUGCUGAACCACCUUUAUACUCUGUGCCCCCACCAGCAGCUUCUGCUCCUUAUGCACCUACACCUACAUCCUACCCAGCCCCACCCCAUUAUCCUUCUUACCCACCUUCAGGAUACCCACCAUCAACAUAUCCAUCUGCUUAUCCUCCUCAAACUUCUGCUUAUCCUCCUCAAACUUCUGCUUACCCUCCACCACCAUCUGCCUAUCCUCCACCACCAUCUGCCUAUCCUCCGCCACCGUCUGCCUAUCCUCCACCACCAUCUGCCUAUCCUCCACCACCACCAUCAGCUUAUCCUCCACCUCCACAACACUCGCCCUAUUACCCGCCAGGUCCUUUCCCGGGAAUUUAUCCACCACCACCCUACUAAAGCGAAGCACUGAAAUUCUGACACGUCCAGGUGAAGAAGCAGGGUGUAGUGUUUCUUUUUAAGGUUAAGUUUGGAACAAAACGCUAAAAAUUUUGUAGAAUUUAUUUACAAAUUCAUAAUUAGUUUAAUUAGGAAAAAUUUUAAGGACCAUAAAAAUUGACCACAUGGAAUUUUAUGUGUACUUGGAGUAAAGCAUUCCAAAUUCCAAAGUACAUGAUGGAAUCUGGGACGUAUUAUUCUCAGAUCACAAGAAAUUCUAUACGAGGUCAGUUUUUAUUUAUUUAGAAAGAAAAAUGUACAAUCUUCUAGUUAAACUAAGUGUAAAUUUAUAAAUAAAUUUACAAAUUUUUUUAUAUUUGUUCCAAACAUAGUCUUAACAGAAUCAAAAGAGGAGUUGAAUCAGGAUCUAGAAUCAAAAGCCAGCUCUUGUAUAGGUUUUCUAGUGAUGAGUUGGGAAAGUCCUUUUUGUCAAGCUCAAGAGGAUUCUUCACCUCAGAACGAAAUUUUCACAUGCGUUGUUGUAGAUACUUCUCCAUUGUAUCAUCUUAUCCUUCCAGCUUAUGUUAUUUCAUAAUUAUCAUGGUUGUUUAAUGAAGUGGGUUGAUGGGAUUUCAUGUAAAGCUUGUUUUCUCUCUGAAUUUCAGUUGCUCCUGAGCUCCAUACUUAUAUA